AAAUAGUCGCCUAGAACGGAUCCUGGCAGGUGCCCUAAGUUCGUUGUACCUGAUGGCGCGAUUCGAUGGUCCUCCGGAGGGAUCUUUGAAGCAAUGCCAGAAUGCUGUUUCCCUCAAAGUCGGUGUUAUCUGCUGACAUUGGUUUCUCGCGCUGAUUCGACAAGAGGUCAGACUAUCCCUUAGCUAGCAUUCUAUGCGACUGGAUUUGCUUUUGAGUCUACUCAAGAGCAGUCCCGUGCUGCUUUGACAAGAGGUCAGACUAGGCCACUUUAUCCCUUAGCUUGCAUGCUCUGCGACGCAUGGUUACCGGCGACCGGAUUUCCCGAAGCCUUCCUCCCACCGGGCAAUGCAACUCCCCCCCCACUUUCUCAGCGCGUAACAAACUCUAGCGAGCCAACACACCCCCACACUCGCAGCGAGUUAGGAUGCGAUGAAAUCGCCUGCAGCAGUCAACACUCGCGAGCGUCGCAGCAAUUCGCGCGUCGACGGAUUCAAAUGGGCCAUUCCAGGCAGUCGCUCGGACCAGACGUCCUUUUUCCGUCGAAAUCUGCCGCUGCCGUUCCCCUUUUCGCGCCUCUCCGUCUCCUCCUGCGCCGUCCUCCUCGGAAUCGCGCUCUUGCUUCUCAUUGGCUCGCUGUUCUUCGGCUUCUCGGCCUUCCGAUCGCGCGAGGUGACACGUGUCAGCUCCAGCGACGAUGACGGCGCGUCGUACGGAAAUGACGACUACGGAGGAGCGCUGGCCGGCAGCCCGCCGGCUCUCGCUGACGGCGACGGCAGCUUUGACGGCGGGAGCGGGGGCAUUGGCGGUUCGUCGAAAUCCGCGUUUGGAGGAGCCAGUUUUGGCGGGAAACCGAGCCGCUGGAGCAGCGACCAGGACUUAGAUACUGACCUAGAAGGCUCCAGUUUAGGAGCCUCCGGUCUAGGAAGCGCUAGUUCCUGGAAUUCCGGAAAGGGUCUCGGAAGAGGAGGGGGGGGGCGGUCGGCGUGGGCGGGAAAUGCUGUCGUGGAUGGUGCUGGUGCGGGGCUCGGUGGGUCGAACUUUCCUCGAAGGUUCACAGAAGGUUCUGAGGAAGAUAACGAGGAUCCGCUGUAUCCGAGGGACAACCAGCAAGUGAUUGAUGCGAUUGGUGCUCUUAGCGGGGGGAAGGGAGGAGGCUUGAAACGAGGGGCGAUGCGAGAGGGGGAGGAAAGGGAAGAAGCGGCGUGGGAAGAAAAGGAGGACGAAGAGGAGAGGGAGAAAGGGAAAGGGGGGGAGCAGAGUUGCGAGUGGGAAGCGAAGCAGCAGGAAGAGAGGUAAACGGAGAGACAGUCUCGAUGAUACCGAGGAGGAUUAUAACGAGGACGAGGAUGUGAGGAGAGGGGCGAGGAGCAAGGGGAGCAGCAGCAGCAGGCGGAGGGG